GGCGAAGUAGGAGGCGGCACGUGGCCUCAGUGCUCCUCCCGGUGUCGGCGAGUGUGUGUAUAGUGGUGUGCCUCGCAAAAUCAGUGUCUGAUUACUUCAACUUUUUACAAAACACACCAAUGGAGUACAGUGUAACCAAGAUGGUGAAGAAGGAGGGGUCAGGAGUCCGGUAUUUAUCCCUGGGGGUGAUGACCUACGUAUAUGUGGUGGGGGAGUUGAGCCACUUCCUGCUGGGGAUCGUCUCGCGGCCCAUGAGCCAGGAGCUUCACUAUGGGGACCACGCCUGUCUUCCCAACCCCAACAUUUCUCUGCAGUCUGAUGAGUGCCGCCCCCUUGAUGCUACCAGCUGCAAUGACCUUCUGGAGGGUGACAACCAGACAACUUGUGUAUGGGACUACUCUGGCCUGGGGCUGCAGUACCAGGUGCUGGCUGGUCCAGCAUUCGUCGCUGUCUUCACCACCGCCGGCGUCAUCAUUGGUGUCAUCUCCGACAGAUUCAACAGGAAGUUGGUUGUACUGGUGUGCUGCAUGGCACUCACUCUGGCGACGGGGCUGACAGGAGCUGCCAUGGCCUACUGGCAGCUGGUCAUCCUGAGAAUGAUCAUGGGCGCUGGGGAGUCUGCCUUCACCCCAGCCUGCAGUAGUAUGAUCUCUGAUAUGUUCCCUGAGUCUCGUCGUGCUUUGGCUCUCGGAAUAUUCAACUGGGGAGUGUACUUUGGUUAUGGCCUCUCCUAUGCCGUGGGCAACUUCAUCACUGCCGAGAACAUCGCUGACAUGGGAUGGCGCUGGUCAUAUAUCGUAACAGGAAUGAUGGGUGUUGUGGCCACCCUCUUAUUCUUCUUGGUGGUGAAGGAGCCACCCAGGAGCAGUCAGGCUGAGGUCAGGUCAGUCGCACAGCUUGCAGACAAUCCCAUUACCACCAGCAAAGCUUCAGGAAGUGACUCUGAGGACAGUGACACAGAGAUGCACAACAAUGUUGCAAAGAGUAUUGCGAUGUCACCGACAGGCAGCCAAUCAAAGCAAGGGCUUUUGGGAGGACGAUCUGGCCCAAAAGAGGUUGCUAAGGCUCUCUUCAAACCUCCAAUGCUGAUGCUGGCCCUAGCUGCCUGCAUUAGACACACAGCGGGGUUCUCGUGGGCGUACAACACCCAGCUGUACUUCCUCACAUACUACCCCAGCUUCAACAUUGGCCUCUGGGUGAUGGGCGCCUCCAUCAUAGGUGGUUCGCUGGGUGUUGCCAUGGGUGGCUUUGUCUCCGACAGACUGGUCAAGAAGAUUGGCAUCCGUGCUAGGCUGUAUGUAUUAGCUGGAAGUCAGCUGAUAGCGACACCCUUUGCUGCAGGGGUUUUGUUUUUCCCUCCUCCAGGUGCCUUCUUCAGUCUCCUGGGAGCCUAUAUCUUUGCUGAGAUGUGGUUCGGGGUGCUAUUUGCGGUUCUGCUGGAACUGGUUCCUGACACAGUGCAAUCUACAUCCAUUGCUGUCUUCCUCUUUGUUAUGAACAAUGUUGGUGGUAACGUUCCUGUAGUGGUUGACCCUCUUUCCCAUCUAUUGACCUAUAGGGGCGCGCUCUAUAUCAUGUACCCCGGAAUGUACUUAGCCAGCUCAGUCUUCUUCUUCCUUACAAGUUUCCUGGUGUGAAAAUUUACUUCUCAGUGAGGCUCUUUCUUCUGCUUUGUUAGCACCAGCUUAUUGGUGAAGUAAAACCACCUGAUCACAUCAUCUGUGAGCAACUCAGCAACCCACACAAGAUGCAUGAAACCUGCAUGCCUCUAUACAUAGCCAAUAGUAAGCUUUAACAAAGAUGAUCAAUGAGUUGCUAACAAGAUAUUCACAUCUUUCAUGAAGAGCCAAAGAUUUUCUUGAGAAAUGCAGAGAAGCUAAAAUUUUUUAAACAGAACCAAAAAUUAAGUACUGUAUUUGCUCAAAGGAGUGCUAUUCGUCCUCAAAAUUUUUGUAUUGCAGUAUGAUAUAUGUACUGUCAGUGUUGAUUUAUACACUUAACAGUUUAACAUCGCUGCCUGAAACGCUAUUCAUGUUAGUGGCUUUGCAAAAAUGUAAAAACAUCAAUGCUAUGUACUCUCAUAAACCCAAUGUACUUUCUUAUAUAUAAAUAAAUAAAUAAAAAUAAA